UUGUUUAUUAAAUAUAGGACAACCACUUACUUUAGAAGUAAAUCCUUAAUUUAUUCACUUCAAAAAUUUUAACAGAUGAAUACUUCAUGACAACUAAAUUGUAUUAUGGAUGACACAGAGGUAUUGCAUUUGACAGGAGAAGAUGGAUUGCCCCCAGGAAAAACUUACAAGGUUUUACAAGUGUACAUCAAGUUCAUUGGAGGUCCAGUGUACUUACGUCAGCGUGUAUGUGAGCUGGAAGCCUGCGAAGACAAAGAAUUGUCCAUCAGCAAACAUGCAACACAUUCAAAAUCAAGUUCAAGUUCCAGCAACAAACUUUUGAUAAAGUCAGCCAAGUCAGGAACUGUGAGAGAGAUCCUCAUCAAAGUUGGACAAAUUGUCACUCUUGGAUCACCUUUACUGAGAGUGUCAGUGUGCAAGCAUCCCACAAUGCUGGGCAACACCUGCGGUGACUGUGGCAUCACUUUUGAAGAAGACGAUGAUGAGGAGGAGGACAGCAGUGCAAGGGAACCAGGCCGAGCAAACAUACAACCCAAGACGGUCUCUAUGUUGCACUCCAUGCCUAACCUCAGAGUCACUGUGGAAGAGGCUGAGCGGCUGGGAGCAGCAGACCGAGCCCAUCUGCUGGAGAAACACAAACUUGUGUUGCUAGUUGACCUCGACCAGACGCUCCUUCACACCACAAAUGAUAACGUACCACACAACAUCAAGGACGUGCACCAUUUUCGCCUGCACCCGCACAGCCCCGUGUACCACUGCCGCCUGCGGCCGUACACUCGCAAGUUCCUGGCGCGCAUGUCGGAGCUCUACGAGCUGCACAUCUGCACCUUCGGAGUGCGCGAGUAUGCGCAUGUCAUUGCGCAUUUCCUCGACCCUGAUGGCAAACUCUUCCAGCAAAGAAUCCUAAGUCGCAACGAGUGUCUUGACCCAAUGUCUAAGAAGGCUAAUCUCAAGUCGCUGUUCCCGUGCGGGGACGAGCUCGUGUGCAUCAUGGACGACAGGUCUGAUGUGUGGCAUUUUGCCCCAAACGUGGUGCAGGUCCUCCCCUACCACUUCUUCCAGCACACCGGCGACAUUAAUGCCCCGCCAGGCCUGCAGAAGAAGGAGAACGACCAGCAGCACAAGGGCUUUGACUUCUCUGCACUCAAUAAAAAAGAAUCGGAACGCCGGCACGGUUCGAAAGUAAAAGGACGGAAAGGGAUUAGCGCGGAAACUGACGAAAAAUCCGAACAUGAAACAGCAAGCGAGGGUUCUAUUCGCUCACGCGGUGGUGGUGGUGGCGGCGGCAGUAGCAGCUCCAGUACCACUUAUAGCGACGACGAAGCAAACUCAGUCACUAGUGACGAAAAUCCCAUGAAAUCUACUGGUAAUUCUAAAAUGAACGUCGGAACUAGUUCGAUCGAGCUGCCGACUGACCUGCAAGCUCUACCACCAUCGGAGAACGGAGGAGAAUUGAGUCUUAGUGACAAAGUGUCACGUCCUGCUGUUGAAAAUAAUGAUGUAGAUAAGAAAUUAGCUGUUAAUAAUGCAGAAUUAAAGUCUUCUGAGAAUGUUGAUGAAACUGAAAAUAAUUCCUUAGACACUGAAGUCACAAAAUUGAAUGUAGGAGACGAUGUACCCACUGAAAAAGAUGAUGUGAAGUCAAGUAAGGCUACUGAAGAAAGCUCUAAUUCUUCCCCUAACGAUUCUCCUAGUGUUGAAACUGAAGACUCUGUUAAUUUACAAUUAGAGGAAAGUUUUCCAAGCAUUAAUAGCGAUACCAUAGAUGUACCUGACCACGACGACUACCUUUUACACCUGGAAGAUAUACUUAAGAAGAUUCACAGCGAGUUUUAUGCUAGAUAUCGACCGGCAAGCUCCUCCGAGGCUCCUGGCUCUUUAGAUAAUGAAGCUGACGGUGCCGAAGACGGAGGCUUCUUGCCCGACCUCAAGUGGCUGGUGCCGGAAAUCCGCGGCAGUGUUCUGAAAGGUUGCAACAUCGUCUUCUCCAGUGUUGUGCCGCAGAACUCUGACCUCAGAAGUAGCAAGGCAUACGGGAUCGCCAUGUGCUUGGGGGCCAAAGUGAGCGAAGACCUGCGCCUCCCGCCUGCCAGCGACGGUGCGCCCGAGCCAGGCCAAGCAUCGUACACGACGCAUUUGGUGGCCGCUAAUCCUCACACGCAGAAGGUCCAUCAGGCCCAGCGGUGCAAAGCAAUCAAGGUGGUGACUCCAGACUGGCUGUGGUGCUGCAUGGAGCGCUGGGAGCGUGUGGAUGAACGACUCUUCCCUCUCACUCCCUCGUCUACCGUCACCCGCAACCCUCCGCAUCAUUGCUGCGCUCCAUACUUCUUGCCUCCCAACGCCUCGCGUCAGAACAGCCUCGACUUGUUCUACAUGGAAGACAAGGCCAAGGAACGCAUGAUGGAAGAGGUGGAGGAACUCCUCGAGGGAGACAACUCCAGUGACGGAUCAGCUUCCUCAGGAGAUAGUGGUUCUCAAAAAAAUCGUGGUUCAAAGCGCUCGUUGAAGAACGACGACUUGGAAGACGCUAGUUCAUCUCAAGACAGCAACACCGGCGACAGCAGUCGUCUUGAGCAGAGAAGAAACAGACGAAAGCGAAGAAAAAGAAACCAAGCGUACAAUGAUGAUGAAAAUUCAAGGAACUUGGACAACGACGAUGACGAUGAAGAGGAGGAACUGCCCAGUGUGAAGUUUCGUCGUGGCGAGAAGGUGAGCGGCGUGAGGCGCGACAGCGAUGACGGCAGCAGCAGCAGCGACAACAGCAGCGACAUGGAGGCGCUCGACAGCGGGGAGGAAGAGCGACUCUUGAAGAUGGAGCAAGAGCUCAUGGACUCGUAGGCGACCAUCACACUGAAAGCCGGUCAAUCAUUAAGCAAAUCAUUACACUACAGUAUACAGUACACACUAAAACAAAAUCGGAAACUAACUUGGAUUCUCUCUGAUGCAAUUUGUCUCGAUAUUUGAUGCUACUAUGAUGAAUAAUCUCUAUCAUAUUUCUAGUUUCAAUGAAGUGGAAUCUGUUUCAUGAGAUUUUACAGUACAUGAUUGAUUUUCUUAAAUUUAAAGUACGUGAUUAUUGAGCUGAGCUGCAGAUGUUAGUUCUGAAGCAACAGAGAUCGUGGCCUUGAGACUGGGAUGUGAGGUGUAACAAGCUGUUCAAUUGUGUUCAACGAGUGUUUAGUGAACAGGAUGCACAUUUAAGGACAUUGAAUGGAAACAUUGCCGCCCUCGAACUUAUGGCUGCAUUUGGGUAAAUGGACAACCAGGCCUCAACAUCAGACAUGGAAUUUCCGUUAUCUACGUUGUAUCAUGCUAUUCUUGUACGGUUUAAAGUGUUUCAUACUCUUCUAACUUAUUGGGCUAGAUUUAUGGAUUGAUAUUGAGUCACACAAUAAUUCAUAGAGAGUUAUCCACUCGUAAAAGAAUUAUAAACAUUAUUCCAAUAGUUUUAAAAAAGUUUUAGCCGUUGACAGCUGUAUUGAACCGUAAAUUAUAGCAGCGUUAGACGUGUUACUGUCCAUCGACGAUGAAGCGCAGUGAAGUAAGUUGCUAAGACUAUAAGUGCUAACUGCUCGGCCUUCUCCACACUUGAGUGAGCUCGGAAUAUAGAAUAGGACUGGGAAUGAAUUUAAAAAUUCCCCCCAAUUAUUCCCUAUGCCUAUUUUUGCUUCCCAAUUCAUGGGACGAAACUUAUUCUGAAAGUCAAAACUACGUGACGAAAUUUUUUUCAUAACAUUUCAUGCUUUUGACUUAUUCUCCAGAAAAGCGAUCUCAUGUUUUUUAAAAGAAAUUGUUUUUUUCGUUAAAUUAGUGGAUUUCUUUCGCACGAACGAUUAAUAGCUUGAUAAUAAAUGUAAACUUGUUAAUGGCUUGAUAAUAAAUGGACUGGUUGGCAUCAACUGAAAAAUUCAUCUGAACUAAAUUUCAUUUGCACGGAAUCAUCUGUGAAGGUAUCAUAGAGGAAUAAUUAUUUGUAUUAAUGUUUAUACUUUAUAGUGAUCGGGGAAUAGUUGUUGACUUCAAAGGGAGGGUUGCUUUGAGCAAUUUUUUGUUCUGCACACAAUAAUGAGAUGAAGUCUAGUUAUUGCGUUUGAUAUUUAUGUCGUCCUCGUUUUCAUAGAUUAGUUCCAAGCUGCUUAUCAAUUAGCGUUUUCCUCUCAUCAGAAGCCUUGAUGGCUGCCAACCUCGCAUCUAAUUAGUUGAGUCGAUACAUGCGCAGUACGGGGCGGUAUAAGCUCAACAUACAUUUUCAUUUUGUAGUUAUUAUCAAAUUUCUUUUUAAUAGGAAGAAAUGUUUAAGCACGAGUUUCUAUUGUACACUUGUGGUGUAGUCCACCUGAGAUGAUCUCGUUACGUAUGCUGGUCACCUGAACCUGUAAUAGAGUACAACAAUUAUGGGCUAAUCUCAUGAAAGCGCAUUUAGUUUUAUUGCUUACAAACAUACGUGCUAUAAGUACUGUCUCUUGGUGGACUUAUUACCGAUGAGUUCUAUUGCUCUCUCUUAUUGUUGUCAACAAUUGGCUAAAGCUGGUCUGGUUCGUUACCGACUCGGUAAUCCAUUGGUUGAUUCUUCUAAGCUUUUAAACCUCUCAUGAUAUGCAAUGAGAGAAAUGAUGACGAUGAAACUAUUGAGUAACCGAAAAGUUUUUUUAAGUGUACAUCAGUUUUUCGUGAAGCAUGGAUCCCCUUCCAUUCUCAAUGGAUGAAGCUCUGCACAGAUGACUUUGAAUGCUUCAAUAGAUGGCGAGCUUCACAAACGUAUUAGUGCGCAAAAUAAGCCGGAAAAUGUAGCAUCAAUGAAGUUGAAACCGGGCUCGUUGAUUUUAAUGUAACACCUUAGGUCACACCAGUUACAUAUUGGAUAUGAGUUACAUUUGCUGCUGAAUAACUACUGUUCAGGUUUAGUUAUUCAUAAGAGUUCUACAUUGUACCUGUCAUGCGUGAUAAUCUUGCAUUGUAUAUUUAGCUCCUUGUUCUUGUUAUGUACCUAUUGGGCUUGAAUAAUUGACUACGUUUAGCAUGACGUCGUUGUAAAGAAUGUCCGUCAUAUUUGAGCGCGCGAUUUGUUACCUCUGAUGACCUGUUGUGAUGUUUAACGUUAAUGUGCCAAGUGUUACCAUUGAGAACGCUAUUAUAUGUUCAACCCAAUGUAAGACCAAGACCUCGUCGUGUGCAUCAGAUCCACAAAUCAUUGGUCGGAGUUUAUAGCAAUCCUCUGAGUUCCGGUGUUGCCUGCCGUCAGCAUCACCAAGUAUAAUGUUAACAAUUUAUGUGAAGAUAAAUAGAUACCCUGUCAUCAUCUGCACUUAGUAGUGAAACCAGUACGACAAGGAAUGUGUAGAUUUGUAAGUAUUAGUUGAUCCUCGAUGCGAAAAAUUUCAAAGAAUUUCGGAGCGAAGUCUAUAUUCAAUGCUAACUAGGCCGACGUCCCGUGUAAGCAUUCAAUGUGUCAAGAGAGCCCUAGUAACGGUUGCAGAUAAUUGUUAGUCAAGAUGUCGAAUGUACAUGUAUCAUCAAUUGGUUAUUUUACUUAUUUACUAUCCCAAGAAUAGAAAUUCAAUCCAGAUUAGCUGAUCGCGCUGCGUGUAAAUUACAUGUUAGGUUCCGUAAUAUUGAGGCAUUGUUAUUAUCAUAUAUUAUCAGUGUUGAUGUAGCACAAAAGUUCACUCAUGGUGUCUCUCGUCGGAAAUGAAGCUGUUCGUUUUAAUUUUCUCAUUCUCUUAUGAUUUUUGCGGGAAGCUCCGUUUGAUUUCAUAUCCCCAUAAAACAAUGUUUCCAAGUUCCUUAUAGCUCACACCAUCUGACUGCAGGCCAGUGUCGCAGUGUAGACAGGAUACCUUACACCUGCCACCCUGAGUUCCUCUCUAGCGGCAGGAUACUCUGUGUCGCCCCCUCCUAGCGACAAAGAACCGUUUCUGCUGCUGUCCACUUAUCCAAUCUAUCUGCUUUGAGAUUCUUAUGCUGAUUUUUUCUCGCCAGAUUCUGCGCUUUAGGAAUAUUUAUGAUCUUCCGCCUCUUGAUGUAGAUGAGUUAUUUUUACGAGAUAAACAUCUGUUGUAGGUAAUACUGUAUCUUUGCACGACUGGGAUGCGUUGCGUAAUUGUCAUUUCCGUUUCUUUUGUUCUUGGUUUGGAUUCUCUAAAAAUUCUAUAUUAACUGCGGCGUCAGUGCAGGUUUAAGCUUUAUUUGAAAUGAACUUCAAAAUGUAAUGUCUUUUUUUGCGAUGUUCUGACAUAGUUGCUUCAUGAUUUAGAUAACAAAAAAAUUAUAGAUGUAUCUGCAAUACUUUUGUAUGUAGCAACCAGGUUAUUGAAACCAGGGUCUUUAACUUUUGUCACUUCUUUUUCUUGUGCUGUAAUUUAACGAUCGUCUGACCACUAAGUACAAAACUCAAUAAACAGGAAAGGCUC